UGCAAUGCGCACCUUACUAUUUUGGUAUAAGGGAAGAAAAAAGUGUCUAGGAUUGUAAAACUUUAAUUGUUUUUGUACGCACGAUAGAGUUCACUAUUGUCGAAUUAGACGUAAAAAAACAAUCACGAUUAUAACACCAUGUUUCGUCUCCAUCCUGAACGUGUGUAACAGAAAAUUGUACAGGAUUCCUCUUGGACAUGGAAAACGUUACAGUGAUUGCCGAUAAUACAACAAUCAACGAUUUGGAUGACUUCUGCUCCGACUUUGAGUAUUACACAAUAUCGAUUAUAAAUGACUCGUCAUUUUCCUGCAUACAUAGGUGCGAUGCCAACUCUCCAAAACCUUAUUGUGCCAACGGUGGGGAAUGUAACGCAACUGUUCUAACCCCGGAGUGCGUUUGCCUGCCGACCUCGAUUUUCUGGCACAGAGACAGUCAAUGCAACUUGUUCGCCAAUGCAGCGGCAAUUGCAGGAAUCACGGUACCGCUCGUCUUACUGCUCAUCAUCAUCGUCAUUGUUGUGGUCUUGAUGCUCAUGAGGCGAGCGCACACGAAAACGUUUUCAGUGGAAUCCAGCUGUUCUUCCUUCAGUAGACACUCAACCUUAAGUUUUGGAAGCUUUAAGGCAUUGCCUGAAUGGCAAGACAACCCGAACUAUGAUGUUCACGUCGAGGAUGUUCGUGAAGAAGGUACAUCGCACAUGGCGAGCUGCAAUUGUUUGUGGACACUGUCAGAGUGAAUUGUAUCUCUUUUAUUAUAUUUAUUACGUUUAGCUAGGAAAGCCUCACUGAGUCUCAAUACUUUUUUUUAUCAGGGGUCCUGCCAAGUUUUAUUUUUGCAGUCGGGGGAUGCAUUACUGCUGUGUGGCAUCCUAAUUGAGUAAUAUUGCGUGUAAUUCUUCAGUAUUGGGAUACUUUGCCCAAUACCGGUUACAUUGUAUUAUAUAUUAGCUUUGGGGAAAAAAAUCAAUGACCCAGAGACAAUCCAAGCCAAACAGGGGGAGAAGAUACAAUCUGGACACAGAAAGGCAGCCGCAUCGGGAAUUGAAUCCAAGUGCUUCUUGCUGUGAGGCACAAGGGUUGCACCACCCUUGCCAACCAAUGCACACAUGGUAGCAGGGAUACGAUCACAGUAGAAGCUGGAUAUAAGCCAAGGCUGUAGCCAUGGAGUCAAUAUUGGGGGGGACCAAAUCUUCCAGGAGGUCUGGGGGU